AUGGUGGCUCAAGCGUUGCCAACCUAUGCGAUGUCUGUGUUUCUUCAUCCGGUUAAGACUGUUUCACACCUUGAGAGCUUAAUGUCAAAGUAUUGGUGGGGGUCCUCUAAUAAUAGAACAAAAGGUGUCAGUUGGUUUAGUUGGCGACGACUUUGUAGAAGCAAGAAUUCAGGUGGGAUUGGCUUUCGUAAUUUGCGGGAUUACAAUCUUUCCUUGUUAAGAAAGCAGGGAUGGCGCCUUCUUCUGUAUGAAGAUUCUCUUCUGGGACGUAUUUACAAGGCCCGAUACUUUCCAAAUGGUAAUUUUCUUACAGCUGAGAUAGGUCUGAACCCAAGUUUUAUUUGGCGGAGUGUGUUUGAAUCACAACGACUGGUUCGUGAUGGUGCUAGAAGGAGAAUCGGGUCUGGUGUGUCUACCCCUGUGCUUAAUGCCCUUGGCUGGUUUCUGAUAUGA